UCACUUCCUCUGUGAGGUUGUCCCUGAUGCCUCCUCCCCCUGCUCUUGAAUGGGGCAGUGAGUCCACCCAGCACAGAGCGGCCUCUUCUCAUCAUGAAACUUGUUAUCACCAACCAGGCCUUCAGGUGACUGGAAGAAAGUCCUCAGAUGUGUCAGCGGUACAAGGCAGGCUGGGAACAGGAAGAUCGUAUACAUGGAGCAUGUACAACGCAGGGAAGAGGUCAGGACUAUGGAAACAAAGAAAGAGCCGCAGAGACUAACUCCAAUGUGGACAGCUCAGCACAGCCUUCCGUGGCUCAGCUGGCUGGGCGGUUUCAGGAGCAAGCAGCUGUAGCCAGGGAGACAUCAGCCAGUAGACCAACCAGAAGGAGACCGCCCUGCUCUCUCCCCCUCUUCCCCCCCAAGGUAGAGCUGGGCCAGAAUGGUGAGGAGAAAUCACCAUACAGCGCCAGCCACCCACCUAAAAUCAAGGUGAAGAGCUCCCCUCUGAUUGAGAAGCUUCAGGCCAACUUAGCCUUUGACCCAGCAGCUCUUCUGCCUGGGGCUUCACCCAAAAGUCCUGGACUGAAGGCCAUAGUGUCACCAUUUCACAGUCCCCCUUCCACACCCAGUAGCCCUGGCAUCCGGUCUCAGCCAGGUGAGGCAGAAGAGGUGCCUGUGAGCUUUGACCAGCCCCCAGAAGGUACUCACCUGCCCUCUUACAAUAAGGUGCGGACAAGAGGCUCAAUUAAAAGACGUCCUCCCUCCCGGCGAUUCCGAAGGUCUCAGUCAGACUGUGGGGACCUUGGAGACUACAGGGCUGUGGAACCAUCUCAGGAAAAUGGUACCAGGGAAGAGAACGGGGAUGAUGUGUUCCCUAGCAAGAACAAGGCCCCCGGGUCUCCCCCACUCAACCGAGAGGCCUUGGGAGAUGGGGUGGAGGGAACCCCGGGGUCUGCAGAAAAGCCUCCUCGAAGGAGCAACAGCAUGGAGAAGCCAGAAGAGCGGGUCGGGACCCCAGAGGAGGCCAAUGCAGGAGACAAGGCUGGACAGAAUCCAGACACAGCUGGCCAGGGCGGUCUGGAGGCCCCAGAGCCCCCCCAAACCUGUAGCACAGAGGCUGAGAAUGGGACAGCAGCCGGAGAGCACGCAGACCCUGAGAAGGCCACAGAAGGGACAGCCUCUGAGGAGAGUGUGGCAGAUGAAGAGGAGGGGUUUGGACAGAAAAUCACAGAUGCGAAGACACCAGAGGAGGGAGCAGUCAGGGAGAAGGCCCCCCAAAGUUCUUCUGGGAGAGUAGAGGGCACCGUCGACCCCGAGCUGGAGACAAAGCAAAAGGAGAGGGCAUCUCUGGAGCCGGGCUGCAGCCCAGGGGUCGACAGUGUCCCAGCAGAGACCAGCGAUGAGAUCCAGAAUGAUCACGAAGUCUCCACGGAUGACAUCCCCAUCGAGGACACUCGGAUGUGAUGAAGAGCUCAUGGUGCCGGUGAUGAAGCCACUGGAGACAUCUCCUUGGAAAUGGCAGCAGCAGCAGCAGCAGCGCAUGAAGCCACUACAGAAGCAGAAUCCACAGGGAAUCUGGAGUCAGCCCAGGAUGCAGGGUGGACCAUCCCCUGUAGGCCGCAGCAAAUGUCUUCUCUUUGGAGAUUAGAGUUGAUGGCAGUAGAGUUUUAUCAACUUCAGUGUGUGUCGCUUGACGGACUUGACUCAAAGUAAAACAUAUUUAAAGCA